AUGGAUGACGACUUGUUCAUGUUUUCUUCUUCUCGAUCGUCCGAUUCAACUCCACGAAAGCCGAUCAGUCUCUCUCUUUCCAAGAAACGCAAAUUGCAGACAACACACAACGAUCGCAAUGACUCGAUCCAAAGCGAUUCCAAGUCUUUGAGUCCAUCCGAGCAACUUGACGAGGCACCCAAGCGACGUAUUGUUAAGGAUGAAGAAGAAGACGAGGACAACUACUUGAUGAUAGACGAUGCAAUGAACGACACAGCAUUCUGGCAACAAUUGGACCGUGUUGAACAGCAAUAUCAUGAUAAAGAGCAGCCACAGCACAAUGCCACAGCAGCAAACGACUUGAAGAACGAGGGUCACGAUGAUGCUACAGACUAUGACGACAUGGACUCAUGGCCUGACUUUGAUGAUGAUCCAAUUGCGACUACCCCACAACGUGCUACUACAACGACAGAUGUUAAGAUGGAAAGGAGAUCAUCAGUAAUCGAAUUGGAUUGCGACGAGGAUAUAUUCCAAUCUCACACACCAGCUGAUCCCAUGACGAAGCGUAGCAAUGGCACCCAUAUGGACACCAGCGAGGAUGAAGCGACAAAGCAGCUCAAAGCACUAGCAGUCUCAAAGCCAAUACCUACCAAGCGCAAAGUGGGCGAGGAUGUGUUUUCAGAAUCAUGUGUCAAGACAUGGCAAAUGUCACGUAUCAAGGCUUGGGAAUCACGCUAUGUGAAUCCGGAAGGUUACUAUUUCCGCUUUGUUGUACCUGGUGAGGGCCAACGAAAUGGUGGAUGGACAGCUUCAGAGCACAAGUGCUUUAUGGAUCGAUACCAUGAAUGGAUUGCAAAGGGAUGGAAGAUUGGAUACGCAUGGGGAUUAUUCAGCCAAAAGAUUCCGCAUCGUGUUGGAUAUCAGUGCAUGAACUAUUACAGAAAGCUGGUGGGCGAUAAAAAGAUCGUUGAUCCUUCCUACGCUAUGGUCGAUGGCAAGUUGAAGCAAAUCCACAAGGAUCGCAGCAUAUCAGGAACGCCCGUUUCAUCCAAACUUGGAGACGAAUGGGAAACAGAGGAAGUCAAGGAGAUCGAACGCAAUGUGGAUCGAUGGCUGAAGGAAUAUCAUCGUCGAAGCGGCACAGCAUCAACAUCCGCUAUACGCACUCGACUACCCACAACAACUCCACGUGCGCCAAAAACACCAGCUACCAGAAAACCUAUCAGCGACAUGGUCAAAAAGAUGCCUCCUCCACGCCAACCCCUCUUUGUAUUUGAUGAUGACGAAGACGAUGAAGAUGCAAUGGAUGUCUUUUUAAGCACUCAGGAACCAGAACACGCCAAUUUGCACGUUCGAAAGCACGACUAUGAAAAGGAGCUUCGAGAACGCUUGGAAGCAUACAACAACUUCAUGCAACCGUUCCUGGAUCCCAUCAAACGACAUGAAUAUUGGAGAGCUAAACAGGAAUGGCGUCGAGGAUUAACUACCACUGAAAUGCUGGUGGCAAAAAAGACGGCUGCACUCAAGACAGCGUUACCUGAAGAGAAGCCGACCACUGUUCGUCAAUCCAACUUAUCCAUGUUCUUUACGGGCGUCAAGAAACCCAAGCAAGACACCCCUGAUGACCUCAUUUCCAAAGUUGUUAUACCCAAUGAGCUUUUUAGCGGUGUGCAUCACGUCAAACCUCUUGGAUUGGACCAAGCUAGACCAUCUAUUCCCGAGAAUGGACGAUCCUAUUACUGCGAACUCGAUGAUAUGGCCGAAUGUCCCACCAUCCUCGAAGCAUUGCUCGGCCCUGCCAACCAGGAACCUUCUGGAAAAGGAUCAUCACCAUUAGAAGGGAUUCUUGCCGAUCCACCAUGGGACUUUUAUGUCAAGGAUGGAAGAAAUGAUGGUCGAUGUUCAUGGACACUCAAGGACAUGAUGAGGCUUAUGAAGAAGGUCUUGACACGGAUGACAGCAGGCCUAGUAUUCGUUUGGACACACAAGCUAUUACAAGCCGACGUUGUGCGAUUAAUGGAUGAACUGGACUGCCGCUAUGUCGAGAAUCUGGUGUGGUUCAAAAAGUACGUCAACAACAUACCCGUGGAUCAACCAAGCCCCUAUAUCAGCUCCUCCAAGGAAAUCCUACUUAUCUUUAGAAAGGGCGAUGGCUUUGAGCUGCGACAUCAACGAUCACCAGAUGUUAUCAUCGAUUUCGAGCAACCAGCAUCACAAUGGAUCCAACAUGAAUUCACGGAGCCAAAACCAGCAGCCGUAUACGAUAUGAUUGAGACACUAUUACCCAAAGCUGGUUACAAUGAGGAACUAGGACGAGGACGCCUACUGGAUUUAUGGACAAAGCGGGAUGCGCCACGACGUGAUGGCUGGAUUGCUUUCCACCAACGAAAAACAGAUGCCAUGAUAACGUCAACUACGGCAAAAGAUGAUACCACCACCGAUGGCAUCCAUGACAAGGCAGAGAAUGAAACAAGUUCCAAUUCGAUCGACGAAGACAAUAUAAUGGAUAUUUUAUAA